UAAGAAUCGCGACCAGACAUUUAACGGAUCUAUUUAGCAGGAGCUGCAGAAGCUCUUCAUCAUCCCCAUUGAAGCUCAAUCCUCCUCAAUCGCUCGCAGUGCUACCAAUAAGUCUUCAGUCGGCUCCACAGCAGAUCUCCGAGACUCGCAAUCUGUCAUUAACGUAUCUCGCAUCAGCAAAGCACACCUCGCUGGAGUGCGCCGUCCAUCAACCGCAGUUAAUACGAGUAUCUCGAUCUAGCCAGACCGAAACUCCCACCCUAGCAGACUAGCAAAAUGUCUGACAUUGACGACGACCUCCUUGCGCUUGCCGGUGGCGCCGUCUCUUCUGAUGAAGAAGAUGGCAGCCGCGCAGGAUCGAGGUCUCCUGCGCCCGGCAAGGCCAAGAAUGGAGCGGCGAAAAAGACGGCCGCAAAAAAGCCCCAAGGACGUGCGGCGGUGGAUGAUUCGGAGGAAGAGGGUGAGGCCUCAUCGGCCCCCUCAAGCCCGCGAUCCGACCAGUCAGUCCCCAUGGACGAAUCAGAUUCAGACUCAUCCGUUCGGCGGAGUAAGGCCCGCGACGAAGAGGAGAACAAGUAUCCUGUCGAGGGCCUGUUCAUGAGCCACGCGGAGAAGGCGCACAUCAUGAGCUUGCGGGAGAUUGAGCGUGAGGAGAUCUUGGCGGAGCGUGCCCAGGAGAAGGAGAAGAUGCACCAGAACCGACUGCUUCGCCAGCUCGUUAGCAAUAAUGAGAUGCAGAAGAAGCGAUCGGCCUCUAACGCAGGGCUGGCCGACGACGACAGGCGCAAGACGUCGAGGGUCCGUACCAAGCUUGGCGGCAGCCGCGUUGGCGAGACGAAUGCGGCACUUGACUCGCUGAAGCGCGCCAGGGCGGAGAAGAAUGAGCGUACACGCAGGCGUGAGGAGGACAAGGAGCGGAGGAAAGACCGCUCGCCUUCAUACCGGGAUGAGUUUGAGGACGAGAACGACGCGGACAGUGAGGUCGACUGGGCGCAUUCAUCCAAGAAAAAGUCCAAGGAAUCCAAGCCCGAGAAGGAGGAUUUUCCAGCGGAACUGGAAGACAUUCAGAGAAUCCGAAUGAGCCGCACUCGGUUUGGCCAAGUCUGCUUUAAUCCCGGAUUUGAGAAGAAGAUGGAGGGCUGUUUCGUCCGCAUCUCCGUUGGUCAGGAUCGAGAGACGCAGGAGAAUGUGUACCGCAUGGCGAUUGUUAAGGGCAUAUCAAAAGGCAAAGAGUACGCAACUGACGGCGCUCAUGGUCAAAUAAUCACGGAUCAAUAUGUGACGGCUGCUCAUGGCAAGGCGGUUCGUGACUGGCCCUUCAUCGCUUGUUCGAAUCAACCAUUCACAGAGAACGAGUGGAGGAGGUAUAAAACCACCUGCAAUGCCGAGAGUGUGGAUCUUCCCAUGCAGUCGGCCGUUUCCAGAAAGCUCGAUGAACUCCACAGUCUACUCAAACACAGCUGGACGGAAGACGAGCUCUCGGCAAAGAUCGAGCGGGUCAGGAAAUUGAAGGCCAAGUUCCAGGGGCAUGAUCGCUUGCAGCUGGAGCAAGAUAUUGCCGAGUACCGAGCGCUGGGCAUGCACGACAAGGCAAAGGAGCUCGAGGACAAGCUUGAGACAAUGGAGACGCCGCGGUUAGCUUUUAGGACAUCACUACAACCGGCCGCUAAGAAAGGCGCGGGUAGCGGACCCAACGGAGGGCUAUCGCAGCAGGAGAGGCUGGCGCAGAUCAACGCCGAGAACCGCAGGCGCAACCGGGACGCGGUGCGGAAAGCGCAGAUCCAGGAGCGGGCGCAGCACGAACGCCGGAUAGAGCGCAGCAACACACCGAAGAAGGGAGGUACUGAUAGCGGAGCGAGCACGCCGGGCGGCGGUGGCGAGAGUGGCGAUGGGGGAGCGACUAAGGGAGGCCUACUGCCGCACCUUGCGAAGCUGAAGCUGCAACAGAGCUCUCAAGACAAAAAGGGCCUCCCGACGAUUCACAAACCAUUGAUGGAUGACGACAUUAUCGGGGCGCUGGAUCUGGACAUUGACGAGGAUAUUCUCAAUUAACGUUUUGAGAGAGUUGGAUCAAAACUGGGAGGGAUAGGGACCAAAGUCGGUCGAGCGAUCGACGCUGUGGGAAACUUGUCCAUAUAAUGCAACUGUUGAUGGCGUCGGAUGAGCGUCGUGGCACAGACUGGUCUAGUUGUUACUGGCAUGAUGGACUUUAGACUACUUGCGGAGCUAGUAGGUGCUCAGGCAAAUUGCAUAGAUACGCCCUAACAUCCUUAGUCUCUGAAACGGCCACUAGAUAUUUAUUUGAAGGCAUAGCGAUCAUGAAAGGAAAAAUAGAUUUCACCAAGUAAUGACAUUAUUGAGCUUGUCUCUGUUAUCAAAACCAGUUCUAGUUCUAUCUAGCUCAAGUACC